UUCCGUGAAGAGGGCACACAAUGGCAGUGCCCCGCGAGGCCGCGCGAGUCGGGGACAAGCCCGACCACGGUGGGGUGUAUCAAGCCCCCACGGCGGGCCAGGACUGUCCCGCUGGCGCCGGCCCCGCACGGUCGCGGGACUCCGGCAGCCGCGGCCGCUGGGGAGACCUGGUGCUGCGGCCGCUCCGGCGCUCCCGGAAACUUUCCUCAGCGCUGUGCGCGGGCUCCCUGUCCUUUCUGCUGGCCCUGCUGGUGAGGCUGGUGCGCGGGGAGAUCGGCCGCGACCUGGAGCAGAGUAAGGAGGCGGCGACGGCCGCUCGGGAGGAAACGGCCCCGGGAGCAGAAGGGGGCGUCUUCCCGGGGCUUCGGGGAGGUGCUCCUGGGGGCGGCGCGCCGCUCAGCCCCUGGCUGCAGCUCUCGGCGCUGCUCUUCAGUCUUCUGUGUGCCUUCUUCUGGAUGGGCUUGUACCUCCUGCGCGCCGGGGUGCGCCUGCCUCUGGCCGUCGCACUGCUCGCCGCCUGCUGCGGGGGGGAAGCGCUCGUCCAGAUUGGGCUGGGCGUCGGGGAGGAUCACUUACUCUCGCUGCCGGCCGCGGGGGUGGUGCUCAGCUGCUUGGCCGCCGCGACAUGGCUGGUGCUGAGGCUGAGGCUGGGCGUCCUCAUGAUCGCCUUGACUAGCGCGGUCAGGACCGUGUCCCUCAUUUCCUUAGAGAGAUUCAAGGUCGCCUGGAGACCUUACCUGGCGUACUUGGCUGGCGUGCUGGGGCUCCUCCUGGCCAGGUACGUGGAGCAAAUCUUGCCGCAGUCCGCGGGGGCGGCUCCGAGGGAGCAUUUCGGGUCCCAGCAAAUUGCUGGGACCAAGGAAGAUAUCCCAGUAUUUAAGAGGAGGAGGCGGUCCAGCUCCGUGGUGUCCGCGGAGAUGUCCGGCUGCAGCAGCAAGUCCCAUCGGAGGACCUCCCUGCCCUGCAUACCGAGGGAACAGCUCAUGGGGCAUUCGGAAUGGGACCACAAACGAGGGCCAAGAGGAUCACAGUCCUCAGGAACCAGUAUUACCGUGGAUAUUGCCGUGAUGGGGGAGGCUCACGGCCUCAUUACCGAUCUCCUGGCAGACCCUUCGCUGCCCCCCAACGUGUGCACAUCCCUGAGGGCAGUAAGCAACCUGCUCAGCACGCAGCUCACCUUCCAGGCUAUUCACAAGCCCCGCAUGAAUCCUGUUGUUUCCUUCAGUGAAAAUUACACCUGUUCUGAUUCUGAGGAAGGCUCUGAAAAAGACAAGCUGACUAUUCCCAAGCGCCUGAGAAGGAGUUUGCCUCCUGGUUUGUUGAGACGAGUUUCAUCAACUUGGACAACCACCACCUCAGCCACAGGCCUACCAACUUUGGAGCCUGCCCCAGUACGGAGGGACCGGAGCGCAAGCAUCAAACUACACGAGGCAUCUUCAUUGAGUGCUGUUAGUCCCGAUUCUUGGAAUAACCCGGUGAUGAUGACCCUCACCAAAAGCAGAUCCUUCACUUCAUCCUAUGCAGUUUCUGCAGCUAACCAUGUAAACUCAAAAAAGCCAAAUCGACCAGGUGCCCUAGUGAAAAUUUCUCCUCUUUCAUCGCCCUGUUCCUCACCUCCCCAAGGAACUCCUGUCAGCAGCCCCGUCAGCAAAAUUUCUGCAGUGCGGUUUCCAGAAUCUGCCAACACAUGUGCUAGACAAGGCCUAGGUUCUCACAGGGCAUUAACUUAUACUCAGAGUGCCCCUGACCUGUCUCCUCAGAUACUCCCUCCACCUGUUAUAUGUAGCAGCUGUGGUAGACCCUAUCCCCAAGGGAAUGCUGCUGAUGGACCCCUGGAGGGAAACAGUGCAGCCGUUCGGACACCAAGCAGAACAGAUGACACUACUCAAGUUACCUCUGAUUAUGAAACCAACAACAACAGUGAUAGCAGUGAUAUUGUACAGAACGAAGAUGAGACCGAGUGCCUGAGAGAGCCUCUAAGGAAAGCUUCUGCUUGUGGCCCCUACACGCCUGAGGCCAUGAUAUUCCUGGACAAGCCAGUUCUUGCUCCUGAACCCCUUGUCAUGGAUAACUUGGACUCAAUUAUGGAGCAGCUAAAUACUUGGAAUUUUCCCAUUUUUGAUUUGGUGGAAAAAAUAGGAAGAAAAUGUGGCCGUAUUCUUAGUCAGGUAUCAUACAGGCUUUUUGAAGACAUGGGCCUCUUUGAAGCUUUCAAAAUUCCAGUUAGGGAAUUUAUGAAUUAUUUUCAUGCUUUGGAGAUUGGAUACAGAGAGAUUCCUUAUCAUAACAGAAUCCAUGCCACUGAUGUGUUACACGCUGUGUGGUAUCUUACUACACAACCAAUUCCAGGCCACUCAACUGUGAUGAAUGAUCAUGGAUCAGCAAGUGAUUCAGAUUCUGACAGUGGAUUUACACAUGGACAUAUGGGUUAUGUCUUCUCAAAAAUGUAUAAUGUGCCCGAUGAUAAAUACGGAUGUCUCUCUGGAAAUAUCCCAGCCUUAGAGUUAAUGGCAUUGUAUGUGGCUGCGGCCAUGCACGAUUACGAUCACCCAGGGAGGACUAACGCUUUCCUGGUUGCAACUAGUGCUCCUCAGGCGGUGCUCUAUAAUGAUCGUUCAGUUUUGGAGAAUCAUCACGCAGCUGCUGCUUGGAAUCUUUUCAUGUCCCGGCCAGAGUACAACUUCUUAGUUAACCUUGACCAUGUGGAAUUUAAGCAUUUUCGUUUCCUUGUCAUUGAAGCAAUUUUGGCCACUGACCUGAAGAAACACUUUGAUUUUGUAGCCAAAUUUAAUGCCAAGGUGAAUGAUGACGUUGGAAUAGAUUGGACCAAUGAAAAUGAUCGCCUACUGGUUUGCCAAAUGUGUAUAAAGUUGGCUGAUAUCAAUGGGCCAGCUAAAUGUAAAGAGCUCCACCUUCAGUGGACAGAGGGUAUUGUCAAUGAAUUUUAUGAACAGGGUGAUGAAGAGGCCAGCCUUGGGUUGCCAAUAAGCCCCUUCAUGGACCGUUCUGCUCCUCAGUUGGCCAAUCUUCAGGAAUCCUUCAUCUCUCACAUUGUGGGUCCUCUUUGCAACUCCUAUGAUUCAGCAGGACUAAUGCCAGGGAAGUGGGUGGAAGAUAGUGAUGAGUCGGGAGAUACUGAUGACCCAGAAGAAGAGGAGGAGGAAGCAGCAAACGAAGAGGAAACCUGUGAAAAUAAUGAAUCUCCAAGAAAGAAAACUUUCAAAAGGAGGAAAAUCUACUGCCAAAUAACUCAGCACCUCCUGCAGAACCACAAGAUGUGGAAGAAAGUCAUUGAAGAGGAGCAGCGGUCGGCAGGCAUAGAGAAUCUGUCCCUGGACCCGUCCCCCCAGCAGCAUCCCUCAGAACAGAUCCAGGCCAUCAGGGAAGAAGAGGAAGAGAAAGGGAAGCCGCGAGGAGAGGAGAUCCUGACCGCGGAACAAAACCAGUGACAGUGGAUUCAAUGAGCUGUGUUUCCAAACAGAGUGACUUGUCACAGACUCUUUUCAAGCCAGCACAACACUUAGACACAACACUGUAGAAAUUCAAGAAGAUGGGCAAGCAGCUAUUGCGUUUUGGGAUUCUUCGCAUUUUAUGUGUUUAUUUUUACAGUGAGGUACAUUGUUAAAAACUCUUGCUCAGAGAAGCUUUCACAUUUGCAACACCAGCUUCUAAGGAUUUUUUUAAGGAAGAAAUAUAUAUAUAUGUGUGUGUGUAUAUAAGCUCGCACGUAGAUCCAUGUAAAACAUAUUCACACACAUACACGCACACGCACAUGCACACUGAAAGCCAGGCUUACUGGCUCCACAAUUUAGUAACAUUCAUAUUAAGAUAUAUAGUGGUCACUGUGAUAUAAUAAGUUAUAAAGGAAAAAAUAAAGGAAAACAAAUCACAAAGGAAAUGGUGCGGCUUAGCAGGGAAACAGUGCAGUGAAUGUAGGUUACCAGCUAAGGAGCUUUUGCUCUUAGUACUGACGGAUGAAAGUUCCAGAGCAUUAUUUGAAUUCUUAUACAUCCUGCCAACAUCGUGUGUGUGUGUGUGUGUGUGUGUGUGUGUGUGUGUGUGUGUGAGAGAGAGAGAGAGAGAGAGAGAGAGAGAGAGAGAAAGAACGAUAGAGGAGUGAAUGUAAAGAGAUUUUUAUGGUUUUUAGUAGUUCAUAGACUAGCGGCAGCAGAUGACUCAGCACCUCUGAACAAACAGAAGGCAGUUCACUCUGGAGUAUCUUUGAGAGGCAGCAAACGCCUUCCUCCACGUAGCUUCACUACAGGUCCCUCUGCAGAGGGAGUGUAUUCCCAGGCUGGUGAGAGGGCCACGUGACUGGUACAACUGCUCAUGCACCACUUGGAGGCGCUCUAUCGCCAGCCUUAAACCUGGAAGACAGGCAUUUUCCAAUCUACUUGCCUAAUGAAUGUAUAGGAGCUGUUUGUGAGUAUGUCACUCACCGAAGAUCAAAUCACCUUUUUAAGGGGAUGGCAUUCUUUACACAUAAACACCUAAGAAGGAGCUGGAGGCAGAUCUUUCAGUUAGGUUAGAAUUCUAAGACGUUGCCAGAGAAGACCUGGGGAAUGGCUCUAACAGUGAUCUCACCCCGUGUCUUAAUUUGCUGCAAAAUGUGU